AAAGAACGAUGCCGGCUUUGAUCCGUUCGCGCACAAAUUUCACGCGUUGUAUCGACAAACGUCAAAAAGAAUUCGAACGCUACACGUUCGCAUCCAUUCCUAGCGAAUGAAACCAUCCACCAUCCCCAUGGAGAGAUGCAAACGCGUAUUGCGUCUAUGCGCUAUUGUUUUCCCCACUGGUAUCAUCGUUGACUGUUAUACACUCCUCUGCCCUUAUGCUCGCACCCCUUUCACCGUCUCUCUCAUCAUUCAAAACCACCAUUCGCCUUGAGCGCUUUCCUAACAAUACUUUGCCGCUUUUACUUGCGAGCUUGCAAUUUGUAGAAACUUCUGACUUUUCGUCUCUUUCUCUCUUUCUCUUCCUUUCUUUACAAUCUCCUUGUCUAACUCACUUUCUCUUGUUCUCUUCGUUUUUCAUAGUCCUAUGUUUUAAGAUAUCGGCAAGAAAAAGGUAACUUUAAAAAUCAUGUGAUUUCUUUCUUAUGAACGUAAACUCACGUUAUGUACACAUAGAUUGUUAUAUGCAUACGAAGCAGAAAGUACGCGUAUUGUUUGUUUCAUUUUUAUACGUACUGUCAGACUGCUCGUUAUCUUUCCUGUUGAAGGGAAGGUUAAUUAAAAGAUUCCUUAGGCUAUGUAAUUUUCUACGUGCAGGUAUUUGCAUUCUUUUUAGACGUAUUUACGUACAUACGUCAUAUGUGCAGUUCCCUCUCUCUCUCUCUCUCUCUUUCUCCUUCUUACUCUUUUCGUUUCUUUCCCAUUGUUCCGUUUACGCGGUCUAGUAAAAUCGAAAUCUUUUGUCGUCCAUGUCACCCAGAGCGAAUCUCAUUUCGUGGACACGGAUUUUCGGCUUCAAAACGUACGAGGAAAUCCCUGUAGUUUCAACCAUUCCCUUUUCCCUUCUGGAACGGAGCCUCAUCCGCCCGUAAUUGCGCGAAACUUGUACGGAAUCGUAGUAAUUAUUUCCUGAAAUCCAUCCACUUCUAUCUGCCCAAAUCGUAGAAGUAAUUACAGCAAUUAGUACGCACGACUACCUAUCGCGAUAAUCGUACGUGGGCUCAUUCCAAAAACGAACGUUUAAUUAUCAAUAAAUCUCUUCGUGCGUUGUUUUCGAUGAAUUCAAUUUUAGUGGAACCAUCUGCAAUCAUUUUCGUAUGAUUGUUAUCGUAUAUCGAAAUGAGUAGAAACAGAUGACUUUGUUUUUUCUUUAGAAACAACAUUUAGUAGUAACAGGUAGAUUUAAAUUAUAAUACAAGAGUUUCGUGAACGUUUGUGUAACACGAUACCGAACCAUCGGCAAACCAAUGACUGCAUACAACGCGAUCGUGUACGAUGCGGCUUUCAUCCCCUAAUAGAUCGAUCGAUCCAUCGAUCGAUCGAUCGAUCUGACCGAUAAUUGUCGUACGUGAAGCCUUGGAAACGGUAUUUCGAAUAAAUGCACGGAUACGUCGCAGACUUUUGUCUUGUUAUACGGUUAUAACGAAACCUAGAGGCGGUGUUAUUAUGGGGAUAUCUUUGAAAUAGCUAUCAAAUUUUCUUCUUCUUUCAUCUAAUGUAGAACAUUUUAUUAUUUAAUAAAUUUUAUUCUUUCAUUCAGUGUGUAUGUUUGUGUAUAUGUAUACGCGUACAUAUACAUAUAUACAUGUAGAGAAUUUGUUCGGUGUUGUUUACAAUAUUUAAGUUCCAUCUCCGAUGUAUUGUAAAUAAAGGUGAACAUUUUACGUAGCAUCUAUCGACACGUGUUUAUAAAUAUUUGAUACAUUGUUUCAGUACUAUCUACGUCACGUUCAAUCACAGUAGGUGUCGCUUCUCGAUCUCAAGACGGUCAUGAAAUUUACAUAGCUUUAGUUUAGUCUGACAUUCGCGAGAGAGACCUAGUGAGAGACGUAAGGACGUGUAGUACAUUAUACGACGCAUCGCGUGUAUUCAACAUUCAUGAAGAACAUUUAAUGGUGAGGACUUUGCAUUUAUACCGGAUCGCAUAUAAGUUAGAAGAAAUCAUUAUUAAUAGAUGCAGCCCGUCAUACGUUAAGUGCUACUAUUUAAUGGAUCCUUAAGGUGAUACACGGUGUCCACAUUGAGCCGGCACACGAAGUGAAAAAGCGUAGCAUAAGUCAGCCACUUCGAAUUCUCCUUUCUUACGAUGAGAGCGUUUUUAGAUUGGACGACGAGAAGUUGGAUCUUAUAAAUAACACAAUCCUGCCAGAAGCCGUGCACUUUUGGGAAAGAGCACUUAUGGUACGAGAAACGAAGAAUACCAUCAGACUGAACAGAAAAUGCGAGAGUAGUCAGGUCUUCGUACAAGAUCAUCACACUCACUGUAUAGAUACUUGCCGUUCAACGACCAUGUGCGGAGAGGUGGUCGUCCCAGAGGACCAUCUUGACGUGUGCAGAAUUUGCAACGCAGUGGGUCACAAUUGUCAGGUGGCGGAAGGAAGUAAAGCCGGUCCCGGAAUCGACGGCGCGGACUUCGUAUUUUAUGUGUCCGCUAUGCAGACCGAGAGAUGUCACAAGGGAUUGACGGUCGCUUAUGCUGCUCACUGUCAACAGGAAGCUGCGUUGGAUCGACCUAUCGCAGGACACGCAAAUCUUUGCCCAGGUAGUAUCAGCACGAAGCCUCAGGAACUGGAAACAUUGUUGAGCACCGUCAAACACGAAAUUCUUCAUGCUUUGGGCUUCUCCGUCAGUCUUUACGCCUUUUACAGGGAUGAAAACGGUGAGCCAAGAACACCGAGAAGAAGCGACACUGGGAAGCCUCCGUUGAAUGAGAAAUUGCAAACGCAUCAGUGGAGCGAGAGCACGAUCAAGACCGUAACGAGGCCAUAUUGGCAAGUGCACGGUGGUUACGUCGAGAGGUCGAUGCAAAUGAUCGUAACGCCACGAGUUCGUGCCGAAGUUCAAGCACACUUCAAUUGCCCGAACUUGGAGGGUGCAGAACUCGAAGACCAGGGUGAAGAUGGGACGGCCUUGACGCAUUGGGAAAAGCGGGUUUUCGAGAACGAAGCUAUGACUGGUACGCACACUCAAAAUCCAGUUUAUUCGAGGAUUACGCUUGCUUUGAUGGAGGAUACCGGUUGGUACAGUGCAAAUUAUUCGAUGGCGCAAGAACUCGGCUGGGGAAAGCACUUGGGCUGCGAUUUUGCUAUGAAAUCCUGCAAGGAAUGGAUAUCCUCGAAAUCGUCGCGUUUAUCCAGAGUGCAAAAGGGAAAAUCGAUUCAUCCUUUCUGCAAUAAAGUGAAGCAAGAUCCAUUGCAAACCGAGUGUACAGAUGAUCGAAGUUCCGUAGCUUUGUGCAAUUUAGUAAAACAUUCUCAACUCUUACCAAAAAAAUAUCAAAAUUUCGAUUCGAUUCCACACGUACCAUCUGGAGAAGAACAAUACUAUGGUGGCUCGGUGUCUCUGGCAGACUAUUGUCCUUAUAUCCAAGAGUUUACGUGGCGAGCUCGAAACAUUGUCGUCAGAGGAUCUCAUUGUCUUUACGAGGAUAAUAAUCCACAUCCGGAAAAAAAUUUCGCUCUCGAGAAAUACGGAUCGCACUCGAGAUGCUUCGAUCAUACCAAUCAAAUGUGGGAGGAGAGAACGUGCAAAUUGGCACGUCAAUGGCAACAUUGGGGCUCUGGUUGCUAUCAAUACAAAUGCGAGGCGGGUCGUCUGCAUAUUAUGGUGGCAAACUAUACUUACACCUGCUAUCACGCUGGUCAAGAAAUAGCAAUCAGGAUAAUUCAAAAUGGUUGGCUGCAUAAAGGAGCUUUGAUAUGUCCACCCUGUAAAGAUAUCUGUCAAGCAGAACUAAAAGCUCGAGGCGAAUGGUGCAAACCUGGCGAUGAACAUCCACCUGCAACUUAUUAUCACAGAGACAAUCUUUACUGCUCAUCAGCAGAAACCUUCGGCCUAAACAUAGCAAUUAUCUUUCUAAUCGCGUAUCUCUCUUGCGUCAUUAGAUGAUACGACGUUGUUGAAUCUAGUACGAUUUUUUUACGAUCAUCUGACUCGAUAAUACGGCAAUACAUGAACGAUCGUUUAUCAUCGUAGUUGCGUUAUGCCUUUAGGAAUCACGAUGUUCUAUACAGAAGAUAUACAUACAUAUACAUACAUAACGCACAUAAACACACACACACACAGACACAAACAAACAUCGACGUCGAUAUUCGUAGCGUUCUCUAAGCUUCGAAAAACUUCGACUCGAUAAAAGACUACAUUCUUCUAAGCUAAUUCCUUAGCUCUCGAGCAUACGGGUAAAUUCUAUUUCAGUCCAAUCGUUUCUGUAAUACUCUGAUACGUUUCGGUAUAUAAAACAUAAAAAGUUAAAGAUUUUCGUUUAGAAAUAUGCGAAACAUUAUUGUUGCUAAUUUUUUUUCUCUUUUUUUUUUGCUUUUUUCGAAUGAAAUUCUUAUAUUGUUACUUUUGUGACAUAUAAUGUAUAUUAUUAAAGAAUCGGAUACAUUCUUAACCAUUUUACAACGCUAAAGAACAAUUCAGCGUCGUAAAAUGAAUCUAAUAUUCUAUACUUUGUAAACUUAUUAACAUUCCCGUAAAAUCUUUAAGAACGAAAUGAGAUGCAUUUAUGUAUCUCUAUCUUCGUUGUACAAUGAUUUUUUCCUUUUUACGCUUAACACUCAAACUUGUAAGUGAGAAACAAUGAGUCAUAUCGAAGUGUUUUUUAAAAAACAUGUAGAAGGGAGAAGGAUGAAACGGCAAAGACACGUGUGUCCAAACGUUCGUGCGUAUUUACAUGCGUUUAACGAAUUUUAAAGAGUCACACAGGGUCGUUGGUUGGACAAUAUUAUAUAAAGUCGACAUCCUAAACUUCUACGCUCAUUAAUGGAUAAGCUGUAAAUAAUUUUACAAAAAUAUAUAUAUAAAUAAAUAAAUAUACAUAUAAUAAAGAUAAAUUUUUAUGCGUAUAGAAGAAGAGAGAAAGCUUGCGUAUGAAAAACCAAAAAAAAAAAAGAAAAAAGAAGAGAAGUGAAGAAAAGAAAAGAAAAAGGAAAUGAUUAAAAUGAUCGUAAUUAAUUAUCAUAAACGUAUUAAAUCUAGACGUUUCACUUUCGUUUUUAUUCUAAACACGUAGAGACUAUAAUAAUAAUAAUCGUCUUAGACGAUCGUACGUAUUCUAAUCGCUUCGAGAGGAUUACACUUUUGCGUUUCGCCCUUAACCAGAUCGAUAACUAGCAUCGAAGCAUCUUCUCUCGAUACAUUCCAAGGAAGAAAAAAAGAAAAAAGGAAAAGGAAAGGAAAAGAAGAAAGAAAAGAUAACGUAUAGUUUAAUUAAUUAAACUCCGAUUAAAUAAGCGAUCGGAAGUAGUAAUGGAUUUUAUACUAUACCGAGAGGCAGACGUUAUGCAUAGUUCAUCAGUCUGUCUUGUAUAGAUACAAAGACACUUAAUCUAUACUUUUGUACAGAUACUAUUAAUGUUUAAUAAGUAGUUUACUCUCUGUAUUAAAAACUUGAAAGCGAGUGUGAGCGUUUUGAUGCGAGUAUGUAUGUACGUAUGUGUGUAAGUACGCGCGUGUCUGUGUGUGUGUGUGUGUGAACGCGCACUUUAAAACAAAAUACGUUUCAAAUCUUUUGAAUGUGCCGCGGAGUCUAUCUUAAUUUCAGCCAUUGUGCUGUAAAAUUUCUAUUCGAUAAAAAAAAAAAAAAAUGAAAAUAAAAUCUAUACGUUUGACAUAUAAUAAUCGGUCCGAUUGCGAAAAUCCUCGCGUAUUCUGAAAUAUGAGGUUUCUAAAUCAUCUUCUUCUAAUCGCUUUUACAAUGAACGCCUACUUUCAAUUCUGUAUACUUUAUUAUGCGAUAUAAAUCAUUUUCAAGUUAUUUAAAAUUAUUUUAAAUUAUUUUCAAAUUAUUUGAAAUUAUUGUAAAAAUCAACUGGUAAUUGUGUCAACGAUAAAAAUUUUCUAUAGUCGGCUAAAAUUUCAAGAAAAGGAGAAGAGAGUUCAUCUCGAAGUUUCUAUGACUUUAAUUAAAUUAUCAUUCCUAGCAUGCAGGGUAACCGCUUUCACCGUCGAUUACUUCGGAUUUAAUUUCGAUUAGCGACACGUCGUAUUUAUAUAUACAUAUAUAUUACGUAUAUAAACAUAUAUGUGUGUUAUAUGAACAUACACGUAUGUCCUAUCGAUAACUUCCGUCUUUGAGUACAUGUGCCAUCCCUGUAAGAAAGUAAAUUAUAAAAAUCCUCUAACGAUAAGCAACGGGGACCGAACUUAUUUCUUUUCGUUAUUAUAUACGAGACGCAUGUAAAAUAAUCUGUUGAUAAAUUAAAAAAAAAAUCGUCUAUAAUUAAACGGCUAGACAUGAGGGAAUUUAGUUGAUAAAGCAGCAAUCCAUAGGCCGUUUCCGUAGGUUACUUUUUAAGACGAUCUUUUUGCAAACAAAAAGAAAACUACAUAAGAGGAUUAAAUUAUCGAAUAAAAAUUGAGAUGGUUGUGAGUGUUACAUUUUUCUCAGUAGCUCUUAUCUUCUGGCACGACGAUCGUCCGGAUAUCUUUUUAUCUUUCGAAGAAACUUCGCAAGUAAAAUGCAAAAGCUAAAAAAAGAAAAAAAGAAAAAGGGAAAAAAGUUACAAAUACGAUGUUAUGUAUAUAAAUACGAAAAAACAGUCGACUUCUUCACUGUGGGAGGAUUUUAUUCCAGAGAUUUAUAUUUUUGCGUGUAAACGAGUGUAUCGUCAUUGAAAAGAUAUUAAAUUUUCUGUAAAAAAGGAAAAAGAAAGAAAAAAACGAACGUAUUUCAUAUCACGCGAUUCACCACAGCGGAGAAUUUAUCUGUCCGAGAUCACGACCGACAACGAGUCCAGACGAAAAAUCGAUUUCUUAGAAAAUAAGCGAUGUCACUAAAAAGGUACUCGUUAAAUACUCGGGCUAUCGUUGUAAUUAACGUGUAUUUUUCUUGUAAACUGCCGCCGAAGAGAAAAAUGUAUAGACGAAUUAUAAAUCGCAAUCUCUCUAAUUCCUCUGAUAAUUCUGUUUUUAUGAAUGAUAAAGAUGUAUACAAGAUAAUAAACGUUUAAAUCUUUAGAA